UAUGCACCUCUAUAUUCCUUAGAUCACAAGCCUCGCCCUUUUAGCGAAGUUGAGAAUCGCCUUGAGUCCAAGCUCCUUGACGUGCUGAGGGUCCAAAGUAAUGGACCCCAGUAUAGUCUGCUUAUAGUAGCUCAUCCAGAGCUAUCCGAUACAAAGCUAACGUAUUCAAUACAAUAAGGAUAAUACGUGCAAGAAGAAAAUCGGUACAAAUUACUGACAACGAGCUUAAUUCGUACUGGUAUGUUUGUAGAAUCAGAAAUUGUUAGAUAAAUAAACAUAAAAGGUUCACUUUUUGCCUAACCAGUAUCAAACCGUAACCAUGAAAUGCGGCAGCUAUAUACAAAUCAUUUCUCAAUAAACGGAAAAUAUAUUGGCAGCAUGCAGCAUGAAAAAUGGAUCAGUAUCAUGAGAUAAUUCAAUUUGGUAUUCAAUGGACUAGAUAUUACAAAUAUUAUAUUGGAGUUGGCUAACAAAAAUCAAGGCUAUAGAAAAUGUUAUGCGGAGAGAUUUUGCAAAAAAUUAGUUUUAUAUGGUGUACAAGAGUCAAGAUAUAACAACUUCAGGUGGCAGCGAGAGAAUUUGACCUUUAUAAUGACACCUAUCUAAAUUCAAGUGUACAUUAUAAAACAGUUUCCACAUGUAAAAAACAUGUAAACAUCCCAAAGAGUGGAUUUUUCCAAUGGAAAGGGAUGUCAUCGGUACUUCUGUUCACCAUAGAUUCUUUUCCGAAGAUGGUAUGAUGGCUCUGGGUCUUGCACUUAUCAUAGCUUCAUUUCCCAGAAUUCGAGUAUGGUCUGUUCUUCUGCAGAUAUUUCUUCAUCUCAAGUCAGCAACACACCUAAUUCAUUUGUAAUUCAUGGAUACUCCUAGCAGGGCUGACCUCUCUUAUUAAAAAGCAGCACACCUUUAAUUUGAUUAUUACUCAACCAACAAACGAACCUGCAAUAACCGCAGAUUUGCAUUUCAAGGAAGUUCCAGCUAUGAAAAAGUAAACUUUCUAUUUCCUAAACUAGCAUAAGCGUUUACAUUUAGUUGUUUGCAAAAUGUACAGGAUAGAAUUUUUGUUCUUCGAUAUGGUUGGCGGUCGUACAAAAACAUGAUAAGGUUUUUUUUUAAUAAAUUGUCAAAAAGACACUCACCAAAAUGGUGAUAUUUUUAAUCCUUUCAGUAUUCUUGAACACGUUAGCAUAUUUUGGAAAAUAUUCGGAAUGCUCCGAUAUUUUUGUUGUAUAUUUCUUAUUAUAUUGCUAAUGUACCAAUUUUCAAAAAUAUAACUGAAUUAGUAGUUUACCGCGUCGCAAAAUACCGAUGGAUUAGUUCACAUACUGAUGAAAACUCUAGUAGAAACAGACAUACGGAGUCUUUUUGAAUUAAAUAGUUUAUUGUUAUUGUUAGUGGAUAACAAAAAUUGCUAUUUUUCAUCCAUGAUAACUGUUUUUGCUCAAAAUGCAUUAUCUUGUUCCUCUAACAUUUACAUCAAAUAUGAACAACUUUGUUUUAAUUGCAACGAUAUAAGUACACUCAUCUUUACUACUUCCUUAAUAGCAGAAUAACCUUAAUGACCAGUUAUUUAUGAGCUUCAAAUUAUAUGAACCAGGCUCCUCAAAUGGUUAAGUAGCAAAAUGAUAUGAACUGUCGUGUAUAUAAAAUCAAUAAAAAAUCAAGGUCCAACUGGAUGACAAAAGUUUUUAUGUUAUGAGAUCUAGAAGGAAACCUAACUAUUAUCAAUGAUUGAUUGACCAGAUUUCUGGACCUUCUGAAAAAUGUUUGACCAAACAUACAGUUCCUUUUUUUCAAGGGACUAAUUUUUCGGUAUGUAGAGUAACAAUGGACAAAACGUUCAGUUAUUCACCAUUAGACGUAAGAGCGAGUUUUCACAAUCUCAGAACUGAAUGAAAAUCAAACGCCUUGCGCUGUUAAGUUCACAUUUCUUUGGCUACAAGCAUGCAAGCUAUUACUACGCUUAACCGGUAUCAUUACCCGAUUGAUAAAUUGCAUCGAAACGUACGCUUUCCAAUCCUAAGCCUGAAUCAGACAGCCAAAGGUUUGUUGCAGCAAAUGUAGAAAAAUCCUGUAAAUUGCCAAUACUAAAAGCCGUAUAUGUUGAAGAAGCGCUAUAUUUUGUAUGUCACGGACCGGCGAAAACCAUAAAAUAGAAAGUUACAGGUUACAGGCAGGGUCGUCAGCAACAACUACAUAACAGUUGAGCAUCGUCAUCGCAACACAGCCUAAAAUAACAUCCAUCGCCCACUCGAUUGCAGUUUCUGUUUACUCUUUUAUACUCCAUUGUUUUUUCUGUUCGAUUCUUCGCUGUUAACGACUUCUAGCGCCUCAUGUUGUGAAUGUCUAAUGUGCCAGACUUGUAACGAACGCCCUGUACAAGACGGUUCUCUUUGUAAUCCGUUGUUGGGCAAUACGAGGUGCGAAUGGUCAAGGAAGAGAGUAUAACAAACGUAGCUUUCAUUUUCAGGCAAAAGUAUUUUCAAUACAAUUAUUUUCAUGCGAGACUAUUCUAUAAAAAUGAAUCAUGAAUCAACUUAUUAACUUCGUCCUGCGUGACAACUAGACAGAUUAGUUUUUCUGGAAAGGUUAGACGCAACUUCUUCAACGCAAGCAAUACUGUAAAUGACCUAUUUCUGAUCUAUAGAUUUUGAACGUAGGUUACUUCUGAAAAAAUAUUCCUCGUGACCCACUUCCUUCAAUCUAUGUGUCUGACUAUCUGUCCGCUAAUUUUUGGGUUCGCGAUACCUCGUAAAGCACCACUGUAGUUUGGAUAAAAUGUGCACAUGCACAUAUUUUCGAUACAUUUGCCAUUAAAACAAAAAUAUUUCAUACUUACAAAUCUGGUGAAGGCGCACGUAAAAUCCAUCUUUAAAAAAUCUUUACCUGAGUUCACAAACCCAGUCCAGUCGCAAUAGCAUUUACCUUUUAAAUAGGCUUGACCUGUUGUUUUUUAUACUUUGUGUAUUAGAAGCCACUACACCUACAAGUCACUGCGGGUUAUAUAAAUAAAACUAAAAAUUAAUUCGGACAUGAUUUAGUUGAUGACAUGAUUGCGUGAGUACUCAGUCAAUCUGCUUGUCGCCAUUCUUUAGAUCUGAUGGAUUAUUCUUGCACCUAUAGCCUAAUCAAUUACCUUUUUGUGAGUACAUUUUAGGUAGCGGAAAAGGCAACCAAGGCCCACAUUUAUAGUCGAGCCUUAAACUGAGUUUUUGAAAUAUUUGAGGCUUUGUAAAAUUUUGCUUAUUCAAAAUGAAGUUUUUUCUGAAAAUUUUGAAAUUUUGUUAAUCUUAAAGAUAUUGGGGGGCUUAAACAGUUGGAAAAUUUGAUGAAGGUCUUAAAAUUCAAAAAAUUUGAGGUUUUGAAAUUUUGUUAAAUCUGUUAUGAUAAUUGUUACAGUACUGUAAAAUUUCGACUUAAGGGUCACCCUAGUGACGACUUCAGUCCAGGAGGAGCCCGUAGAUGGACAAAAUCCAAUUUGAACAUUUUGGUUUAAUUUUUACGAGUUUCUGUUCAGAAUUUCAGACUAACUACAAAAAAUAUUCUUAAAGAAAUGAUGAAAAAAAACGUUGUUACAAAGCUUGGAAGUAACAUAAGCGUGCUUUUGCGACAAAAAUACUUGUAAGCAGCAUAAGCAGAUAAUCUGUUACAAUAUCUCCUAUUUUAACUCUUACUUUUGCUUUUUCAUAAUCUACAUUCUUCCAACGGGAAAAAUGCUUUAAGCUGUUCUUUAAUAUUUUUGAAGUGAUAUGAUACAAAAAAAUAGUGGGGAGAAGAAGAAAAAAAUUUAUAUCGCUAAAAAAAUUGCCAAAGACUUAUUUUCCUGUUUUUAAGAGGCAAAAUGAACUUUUUUCCCAUAUACAUUGUGAUCAUCUCAAAAUAGACAUCUAUGUUUAUUGCUCCAUAGUAUACGAAAUGAGUGUCAAAACUUGAAAACGGGUUUAAAAUAUUUGAGCCGACCUGUUCAAGCCGACGGUCGGUACCUUUUAUUUCCGAGGCAACCCAGUUCCCAACUUAAAACAUGAGAAUUAUCUACAGCUUUGCAAAUUUUGGAAUGAAUAAGUAACCUCAAGCGCUUCCAAAAUAUUUUUUGACUACCCCCUCCCAACAAAUCUAUAGCUACGUAUGUCAUGAUAGUUACAAUAAAAAUUGACCAAUUCGCCUAGAACAAGAUCAGUAUUUUAUAUUGUUAUAUUGUUUAUGUUCUAAAUUUCCCUUCUUAUAUGGAUUCUAGGCCUAUCACAAACCCCACAGCGCAGCGGUCCAGAUCACCAAGAUAGCAGCGGUGACAGUGGUGCUAUGCUCAGUCGUCCUGGGGUGCUUCCUGUUAGCCUCUGCAUACGUCACAGCUAAUGCUUCCUGCAGGCAGUUGGAACAGGAAUUGGAACUACUCAGUGAGGCGGCAGAUAGGUUCCAGUCCCCGCCUCAACCCGAAGCUUUGGUGCAGGAUGAACCCUCCCACGCCAAACGCCACACCGACCCUCUUACCGCUGAAGAGACCCAACACAAGACGGCCAAAGAAAUAGAAACCAACAACAUCGACAAUGACGACAAACCGGAUUCUUCAGAGUCUUCAGACUCCAGCGAUUCUGAAGAAGACAAGACUCCCAUCCAACUCAAGCUGCCUCUGCAGCUAGACUUGGAUGAGCUAACUCAAGCAUUCUUGGAGAAAAACCAACGCUCUAAAAUGAACUGCAUCGUGGAAAAGAAGAAGGCUGAGGAGCUAGUUGAUCAUCAGCCUAAGACCAUCAGGUUGCCAUUUGGUGUUAACUUGACCACUGACCCACGGCUGGAGAGACUCAGUGGUGAGAGAAUGGUCAUCAUUUGCGAGAGUGGGACUAUGCAAAGAGCUCAGCCCAUGCCAUCUCAACCACAAGAAGAACAAUCCGAUUCAUCAGAUGACCAGGAAGAAGAUACAAUCAUGAUCCAGCCUGUGAUGAUUCCAAUCCCAGCUACUUCAUACCAAACUCAUAUGCCCCAGAGGAUGGUACCCCCACCAAUGGUACAAAGAGCACCCAUGAGGGGUCCCGUCGUUCAUCCUAUGGAAGCCAUGAGACCACCCAUGCCCCCAGUCAUCCAAGCUUCCAUCCAGAUGCAAGAGCAGCCUCAAGCACAACAACAACCCGAAUUCCCACCAAACCCAAUCCUCCAUCACAUCGUCCAACAGAUCAUUGCCCAGAAGAUCAUGGAGAGCCAACGUGCCAGAGAAGAGCAAAUGAGACAGCAACAGAUGCAACAAAUGGAGAUGCAGAGAGCACAAGAGAUUCAGAGAGCCCAGAUGAUCCACAGACAGAUGCAAGAGCAGCAAAUGCGCGAACAGGCUCAACAAGAACAGAUGGAACAAGAACAGAGGAUUCCUCACAGGUUUGACAUGCCACCACAGGCUCAAGUUGUUCAGAGGAUACCCAUUCCUGAGGAAGUGCUAACCCAGCUUAACAGGCUUCCAAACCGUGACGUCAUCGUCGCAGUAUCUUCAGCUGAAGGAAGCAGCUCUGCUGAACAGGAACCUCAACAAACUCAACAACCUCAACAGCAGCAAACUCAGCCUCAGCCUGAACAAGAGACUGUACAACCACCUCAACAGUUUCAGGUCCAACAAGAGAUCCGCUUCGUCCAGGAGCCUCGCCAGAGCGCUGUCGAGAUGAACGGAAGACAAGCCUACGCAAGGGCCAUGCCUGUGGAUAUCCCUGUUGCCAUGAUGCCCCAAGAGCAGCAGGAACCACAACAAGACCAACAGGAACAGCAGUCUGAGCAGACUGUUGCCAUCGUACCUGAUUCUGAAGAGGCCAGACCACACUGUAAACAGUACAUUGCAUUUACCAAGAGAGUUUCCGAUCAACACUAACGAAUGCAGCUCCUCCAAAAGUAGUAGUACAAGUAACUACGUCCAUCCCAGAUCUGUCUAAGAAGCCUAAAAUCUGAGCCGUCGACAGGGUCUGUUAAGCUGCUUUCUUCCACCAAGCGGCGCACCACUACUAUAGCACACCACCAACAUCAAUACGUACAUGUGGGGAUAACUUUUAUUCUUUCCAUUUUUAUGUUUUAUUAAUGUAAAUAAAUACUGGUAUCUGUUGAAAUUCAGAAACUUUCUGUUGUAAAUCUUCAUAUACAUACAUAUUAAAAUAAUUUAGGAAUUUAGUUUGUAACUGACGUGUAAAUAGCUGUUAAAAAGAAAUCAUGUCUUUUGUGUCUUUUUUCCGGCUUUUUGUGAUUCAGAUUGUAUAAAAUCCUGAAAAUAAACAAAAUUUAUUUUUUGUA